AUGAUCCCGGAUGCGAAAUACGUGUAUUCAGCUGGCCUAUUCAAGACAUCAGCUGGAGGAUUCCGGAUCCGCGUGGUCUUCGUGGGCCCACAGAAGACUUCUUCAAGACCGUCUGGCAGUGCCGAAGUCCGCCGCACCCGAAAAAGACUGACCAGUGCUACACUGGGUACUUUGGCAGCACUGCUUGGUAGGGCCAAGACCCUCGAUGUAGAUCCGGCACUUCAAACCUGCUCCGACAUCAAAGGAAACGUUUCCAGCUCCAGCGCUGUGAUCACGAGCCCGUUGGACGCAAGAUAUUCUACCAACACUGAUCACUGGUUCGCGUCGUCGAGUCAAAAACCAGCGUGUGUCUUCGAGCCUGGGACUCCCGAAGAUGUAUCCAUUGCAAUUAGCAUUAUUGGACAGUCGCAUACCCCAUUCGCCCUCGAGAGUGGAGGGCAUGCCUCCAAUCCUGGCCAUUCGAGCACGACCGGUGUACACAUCUCUUUCUCCCGCAUGAAGCAGGUUGCCCUCUCCGAGGAUAAGUCAACUGUCGAACUUGGAAUGGGACUGAUUUGGGCCGAAGCAUACAAGGAGCUGUCCAGUGAGGGCGUCAAUGUCGUUGGUGGGAGAGUUUCCGGACCAGGUGUUGGUGGCCUGACACUGGGAGGAGGUUAUUCCUGGCAGUACAAUGUUGUGUUACCAAACGGCACUAUUACUACAGCCUCCGCCAGCAUAAACACGGAUCUCUUCUUUGCCCUAAAAGGUGGCCUGAAUCGUUUUGCGGUGGUCACCUCUAUCAUCUACGAAACACACCCUCAACCUUCCCAAAUCUUUGGUGGACAACGGGUUUACACCGCCGACAAGGCGGAUGCGCUUCUCAAUGCCACCGAAGUGUUUGCACGUACAGUCACGGACCCUAAAGCUCAGAUCAUCCUGACCCUAGAGGGACUGCCUGCCCUUGGGCUUACACCAGUGGUCUUGAUCUUCUACGAUGGACCUGAUCCGGGCAACAGCUUCUCGAUGUUUGACGGCAUCAUACCCGUCACCGACGGCGCAUAUAAGCAGUCGUUCACGAGCUUCGUAGCUGCGCAGGCGACCGAGCUCAUUAAGAACAACCGGGGAACCUCGCAUACAGUCUCGGUUUCGACCAUCACAGAGACGCUGCUAGCUGCCAUUAAAACUCAGGUCCAGAGCCUCACAGCCCAGAUGGCUUUACACAGCGGCUCGCUGAUAAGCGGCGGCGUCGAUCCGUUCCUGCAGUACGGUCAAUAUGCCACGGAUAGUGCUUACCCUCACGCAGACUCGCCCCUCCUGGUCAGCUUGUAUUGCGCCUGGGGCUUGACCGUUGACGAUGAGUUCUGGAUUGCUUCGGUCAAAGCGGCCAUUGCGAACAUCAAACAGGUCGCUGUCCAGGAGGGCAUUUUCCAAGAUAGCUUUACUGCGUAUCCUAACUACGCGAUUGGUGACACAACUGCCGACGAGCUCUAUGGGACGGCCAAUGCAGCAAGGCUGAGAUCUAUUAAGACUUCCGUUGACCCAGAUGGGGUGAUGGAGUUGGCCGGGGGCUUUUCUCUAGCUUGA